ACAUAAACUUUACUGUCUACUCAAAUUGUAGCAAGCGUCAUUUUUAGCCUUGUGAGAUCCUCUUCCUCAUUUCAGCUUUUCCAAUCUCCUUUCAUGGCUGUUAAAAAAGUGUACGGAACCCCUGCUUGUCCAGCCACAAUGCGCGUCCUGGCUUCUAUGCUGGAGCAUGGCCUUGAUUUUGAGUUCAUAUACGUCGACCUCAAGGCUGGAGAUCACAUGAAGGAGUCAUUCCUCUCUUUAAGCCCCUUUGGCCAGGUUCCCGUCUUUCAGGAUGAUCAAGACUUGACUUUGUUCGAAUCAAGGGCUAUAAUGCGUUUCAUAUCCCACCAUUACCCGAAACCUGGAAAGGAACAAGUCUACGAGGCACCUAAGGAACAAGGUAUAGUUGCAGCCUGGAUUGAUGUGGAGGAUCAUCAGUUCGACCCACCAGCUUCAAAGCUAAGGACGGAGCUUUUGGAGAAGCCACUGAACGGCAUGUCAGCAGACAAGCAAGUGGUAGCAGAAGAGGAAGCGAAUCUGGCCAGGGUCUUGGACGUGUACGAAGAGCGGCUUAAAGAUUCUAAGUACUUGGGCGGCGAUAAGUUUACUUCUGCCGAUCUCACUCACCUCCCUAAUUUGUACUAUCUCAUGAAGACCCCCGUGAAACGGCUCUUUGAUGAGCGGGCCCGUGUCAGUGGCUGGUGCAGAGAUCUGCUGGCUCGAUCUGCUUGGGCUAAGGUUGUGGACAUGGUUGAAAAGAUAUGAGAUUCAAGAAGGCAAGCUAAAAGCUACAGUAUGCAACAUUUUUGCUGUCUCUCUAGAUUUGAUCGUUUUGUUCUAGCUAACUCUCUUUGGAAUCUAUCCUGCUUCCUUUUACAGAGUAUUUUUUUUUUUUUAAUGUAUGUAUAAAUGUCCUUGGCAGUUAUGUUUAAAGUUUAUAACGAGUACUUUUUUGGGUUA